UGAGCGCCGUCGCCCGUCUCUUUCCGAGUCUCGAGAGUCGAGCGUCACUCGUGAGUUGUGUCGUGGCCACUGAAUAGUGAAUUUUAACAAUGAAUGUGAAUGUGUGCGUUGAAGUAACGUAAGGUAAAAGUGGUGAUGACGACACAUGACCUUCAUGCAUGCACUGCUGCGUUCGCGGUCCCACAAGCACUACAGCAAUACUAUAUUAAAAUAGUAUUUGAAACGUAUCAGAAGGCGAGAUUGGUUUUUGUACAAACUAUGGCAGAGCUGGCGACAAGAUCGACAAAUGUGAAGUGCCUUGAGAGUGCUGGAGUUUUAGAGCUAUUACGACCGCUACUGUCAGACGCUUGCAGCACAGUGCGGCAGUGUGCGGUGGUAGCAGCCGCGCGUCUGGCCGAACACGACGAGGCUGUAGCCAAGCAGUUGCUCAGUGGAGGCAUGGUCACUACGACGUUGGAGAAUCUAAAUAAGUACAAUGUGUACUACAAACGAUCCGCCCUGUAUCUUUUGCGAGCAGUUGCCAAGCACAACGAAGAAUUGGCUUCCGCUAUCGUUCGCUUGGGUGCUUUAGAACAUAUUGUAUCGUGCUUGGAAGAUUUUGAUACGCAGGUAAAAGAGAAUGCUGCAUGGGCGUUGGGAUAUAUCGGAAAGCACAGUGAGCAUUUAGCUGGAUUGGUUGUGGACGCAGGGACGCUUCCUUUGCUCGUGUUAGCAUUUCAAGAGCCAGAAAUGAGCUUGAAGCAGAUUGCUGCCGGGGCACUUGUAGACCUGGCGCAACAUAAGCCUGAGGCCGUGGUAGACGCUGGUGCCAUUCCCCAUCUAGUGCGAGGCCUAGAAAAUCAAGAUCCCAAGUUGAAGCGAAGCACACUGUGCGCCUUGGGCGCAGUGGCCAGUGCUCAGCCCGAGCUGGCUGAAGCGACGGUCGCGGGCGGGGCUCUGCCCCCAGCCCUGCUGCACACGGGCCACGACUCGGCGCCCGUCCGACGAGCAGCCGCCUGUUUGAUACGGGACAUUGUCAAACAUUCAGUGGAUCUAGCUCAACUAGUCGUAAACACCGGCGGGUGCGGCCCGUUGGUAGAUCUGCUCUGCGAGGAGACGUCUGCGGAUGGCACUCGUGUUCCUGCUUGCUUGGCCCUUGGCUACAUAGCAGGUCAAAAUGAUCAACUUGCCAUGGCCGUUAUUGAGGCAAAAGCAGUGGUCAUGUUAUCAGAAAUACUCUACAUGACCAAUGCAGAAGAAGCAGAUAUUUGUGCUGCAGCGUGGACCCUAGGCCAUAUUUCAAAGCACUCACCGCAGCACAGUCUGGCAGUAGCUGUUGCAAAUGUUUUUCCGAGAUUGCUGCAGUUAUAUACAAGUCCAAAAUCAUCAGGAGAGGUGAAAGCUCGAACAUCAUGUGCUUUAAAACAAGGUCUGCAGUGUUGCUUACAUAGACCAGCUUUAGAACCCUUACUCCAUGCAGCACCAGCCUGUAUCUUGAAGUAUGUAUUGGCACAGUAUGCAAAGAUUCUACCAAAUGAUGCAAGAGCCAGAAGACUAUUUGUUACUACAGGCGCACUAAAAAGAGUACAAGAAAUCGAUACAGUUCCGGGCACGUCAUUAAAAGAAUACAUAUAUAUUAUUAAUAGUUGUUUCCCAGAAGAAAUAGUAAGAUAUUAUUCUCCUGGAUACUCCGAUUCACUGUUAGACAGGGUUGAGGCUUACACCCCUCAAAUACCUGAAUUAUUUACAGAUAGAGUCCCUAGCGACUGUCAAAGUGAAGUAACUAUAGAAAAUGCCAAUUGAAGAUUUUUCUUCUAAUUAUUUUGAUAAAAAUAAAAUUAAUUUACUACUACUAUUUUUAUUAAUGUUUUGUAGGGUAGGGUACGUUUAUGAAGGUGAGAGUACGGAUCUGUGUAAAGAAAUUGAAAUAUUGCAGCGUUGCCUCUUUCGGCGUACCUGGAUACUGCGUUCAAAAUAUACAUACCUACCUACAAGGAAUAUAUUUAUGAGGAAAAACGCAAGGGCUGUCGAAAUCAUUUUUUUUUAAUAAAAUAAUAAUAUAAAUAUUAUUAAAACUGUGUUAUAAAUAACUAGGUGCCAACUA